AUGAAUACUCAGAAUUCUGGCAUUCGUGAUGGAAAUAUUGCUCUGAAUGCUAUUCAACGGCGACAUGCUAGAGUUUCGACUGGUGAUAUGGUAUCUGUUAGCAGAUUUGUUCCUCCAGAAAAUUUUGACUUGGCUAUGUUGACGCUUGAGUUAGAAUUUGUAAAGAAAGGGACCAAAAGCGAGCAGGUUGAUGCUGCUCUUCUUUCAACCCAACUUAAGAGGAAAUACACCAACCAGGUCUUGACUGUAGGCCAGAAAGCGACAUUUGAGUAUCAUGGAACUAAUUACAUUCUUACAGUCAAUCGAGCGGAUGUAGAGGGUCAGGGUCAAUCUAAUGGCAUCGAAAGAGGGAUGCUCUGUCAAGAUACAUACAUUGUGUUUGAAGCAUCAAAUGCAAGUGGCAUAAAGAUUGUCAACCAACGUGAAGCUGCUAGCAGCAAUAUAUUUAAGCAUAAGGAAUUUAACCUUGAGUCGCUGGGCAUAGGUGGUUUGGGUGCAGAGUUUGCUGAUAUAUUUAGGAGAGCUUUUGCAUCUCGUGUAUUUCCUCCUCAUGUCACGAGCAGAUUGGGAAUAAAGCACGUUAAAGGGAUGCUUCUUUUUGGACCUCCUGGUACUGGCAAAACGCUAAUGGCACGGCAAAUUGGAAAGAUGCUGAAUGGAAAGGAUCCAAAGAUCGUUAAUGGUCCUGAGGUGUUGAGCAAGUUUGUUGGUGAGACAGAAAAGAAUGUAAGAGACUUAUUUGCUGAUGCUGAGCAAGACCAGAGGACCCUUGGUGAUGCUAGUGAGUUGCAUGUCAUUAUUUUUGAUGAAAUUGAUGCUAUCUGUAAGUCAAGAGGCUCGACCAGGGAUGGCACAGGUGUCCAUGAUAGUAUUGUAAACCAGCUUUUGACAAAGAUAGAUGGUGUGGAGGCCUUGAACAAUGUUUUGCUUAUUGGAAUGACAAACAGAAAGGAUUUGCUUGAUGAAGCUCUUUUAAGGCCUGGAAGAUUAGAGGUUCAGGUUGAGAUAAGCCUUCCUGAUGAAGCUGGGCGUCUACAAAUUCUUCAGAUUCAUACAAACAAGAUGAAGGAAAAUUCUUUCCUUGGUACCGAUAUCAAUCUAGAAGAGCUUGCGGCUCGAACAAAAAAUUACAGUGGUGCGGAGCUUGAAGGUGUUGUUAAAAGUGCUACAUCAUAUGCGUUAAACAGACAAUUAAGCAUGGAUGAUCUCACAAAGCCAGUGGAAGAAGAGAAUAUCAAGAUCACGAUGGAGGAUUUUCUCCAUGCAAUCCAUGAAGUUCAGCCUGCAUUCGGAGCCUCCACGGAUGACCUGGAGCGCUGCAGACUCAAUGGGAUGGUGGAUUCUGGUGAUCGACAUAAUCACAUUUACAAAAGAGCUAUGCUCCUAGUCGAGCAAGUUAAAGUUAGUACUAGAAGUCCUCUAGUCACUUGCCUUCUUGAGGGGCCCAGUGGAAGUGGAAAAACUGCAUUAGCAGCAACUGUUGGCAUCGAUAGUGACUUCCCAUAUGUUAAGAUAGUGUCUGCGGAAACUAUGAUUGGUCUUGGUGAGAGCACAAAAUGUGCUCACAUUGUCAAGGUCUUUGAGGAUGCUUAUAAAUCACCAAUGAGCAUCAUCAUCCUUGACGAUAUUGAAAGAUUGUUAGAGUACGUGGCAAUUGGUCCUCGAUUUUCAAACAUAAUUUCACAGACGUUGAUGGUCCUUCUCAAACGACUUCCUCCUAAGGGGAAGAAACUUCUUGUCUUUGGGACGACAAGUCAACUAACCUUCUUAGAUUCGGUUGGUAUCUGUGAUGCCUUCUCUAUCACUUACUCUGUUCCAACAUUGAAAACAGAGGACGCAAAGAAGGUGCUGAAGCAGCUUAACGUCUUCUCAGAGGAUGAUGUCGAUGCAGCAGCGGAGGCUCUAGAUGACAUGCCAAUCAAGAAGCUUUAUAUGCUAAUAGAGAUGGCGGCGCAAGGAGAAUACGGUGGAUCUGCAGAGGAAAUCUAUGGCGGUAGGGAGAAAAUCAAGAUCACUCAUUUCUUUGAUUGUCUACAAGACGUAGUCCGAUACUAA